AUGCUAGAGCAACACGAUCUUGACGCCAUAAAACGAGCAGAGGGCAAUCAACAGGAUAUCGAUGUAGCCUCUCCAAAAAUGACCAAAAUUUCACCAAUUCUGACGUGCUUCGCUGCAACCGCGAUGCUAUUUAAUGUUAUUAGCGUCGAAGCGAAUCCUGCUAUUGCCACAGGUUACGACCCCUUGGAUAUUUGCAUAGAAAAUUGUGCCCAGUGCAAGAAAAUGCUCGGCGCUUGGUUCGAAGGACAUUUGUGCGCAGAAUCGUGUCUCGAAUUGAAAGGAAAACACAUCCCCGAAUGCGAAGACUUCGCUUCCAUCGCGCCGUUUCUCAAUAAAUUAUGA